AACCGAGUAAGGAUACAAAUUUAACUGAUAACAUUGAUAGUUUAAAAGCUUUCCGUUGUUAAUGUAGUUUUUUCAAUUGUGUUAUACAAUUUGCCCAUUAUGAUCGUUCAUGGUAGAAUCAUGAAGAGAUUUUAGUUAUCAAGGAUUGUUUUUAAAUGCCGAAUUAUUUAGCCAUAUUUUUACUUUCUUUAUGAAGUAUGGAUUGGGAAUCUCCUUAAAUAGGCCCAAUCUAUAUAUUUAUAUAAAGUGGGCUAUAGCUUAGGUGAUGAGGCACUUCCAAAAACCAAGAGACUCAUUUAUCUUCUUUUUUCCUUCUUUUUUGUUGUUCUUUUUUUGCUCAUUGUUUGGUUCGUGUUUCCUUUCCCUGAUUGUUUAUUUGUUACUGUAGUCAAGAAAGACAAUAAAGAGUUGUGAGAGUUAAAAUAAACAAUCAUGUCCAUUAUGACCCUCUAAUUCUGGUGAUAGUCAUGGAUAAGUUCUUCGAAUCUCAAGUUCAAGCGAAUAAGCAAAGAGCUCAUAGCAAAAUUCUGUUUAAUUUCUCCACAUUAGCUCGCUCUUCGGCGUUGCAAUUCAGUCAUCUUUUUAACACCAUGGAUUCGCAAAGCCAGAAUACUUCGUUGCAGAGACUGCAAAAUGUUGAGAAGAGGAUAGUCAGAGUUCUGGAGCUAGCAGGAGGCGUAAUGGAUGAAAUGGCAAAUCCGAGCGGUCCUAGGAAGGAGCUUAUUGACAGCCAUUGCAGUGAGUUCAUGCAACUAAUCAAGGACAUCCAGGUCACACUGCGAGAAGAAAUCAAAAGUGCAUGUGAAUAUCGUCCUUUCGAGAAGUGUGACUAUGUACCGAGAAUAUCAAACGAGAUCUGUUGCAAGAAACUGGAGUAUGUCAUCUCUCAGUUUGAUGAUAUGAAGCGAACAAUUGAGGGGUAUCAUGCUGCAUCAUUAGACAAUAUGGCCCUAGAUUAGUAGGUAUUAGUCAGUGCUGCUUCCUGUUCAUGUGGCAACAUAAAUAUAUACAACAACCACUACACCUCAGUUCCAAGCAAGUUCGGAUCGGCUAAUCUGCCAAGGUUUAAGCAUUUAAAGAUUUCAAACCAAUGCUUUUGUGUGAAUAAGAUUGCUGAUGGAUCUCUACUAAUGAUUUUAAAACUCUUGUUGUCGUUGAAAAUUUCUUCAAACAUGAUAUUACAUGGGUCUGUGAAAUUGUAGGCUCUUGAGUAAGCGAUGAUGAGUUGAAGUACUUGGAAUAUUGAAUCAAGAGUUCCCUUUGAAACAAUUCUUGGAUUUCCCUGUAAUGCUGGGUUUAUCUAUUCAAUCAAUACUUUAGUUCACUAUUCUGUUGUUGAAUUGUAGGAAUGAUACAUUUGGUGCUCACUUGUUUAUGCAAUGAACUUUGCUAAA